AGUGUGCAUGCCGUCGCCUCGCCACUGACAAGCUGGCUGCGGCUAGCUUCACGGGCUAGCAUACAUAGCUUCUUGCAUCUAUCCUCGUCAAGUUAGCCCGCUUUAAGCCAGAAUUGGGAUUUUAAGCUAAGAGUUCCCGCAUUGCUGAAGCGCUGGUAAUAAGUUUAUUUUGAAAGCACAUACCGGAAAUGCUUGUGUGGUGGUCGGGAACUGACUAUAGCCGGGCUUCUACUAUGCUGAGAUGGCAGCUAAUCUUUUGUACACACUCCUGAGCGGCGAGUAAAAACAUGUCAUUCAGAUUUUGGGGUUGAUGUCGCGCGACAGCCAGCUAGCCCGUCGCUUUCCGUUGUAAACAGUGAUUUCCCCAGUUGAGGAAUCGCUCGCGGUGCCAUAAUGCUACGGUUAUAGUAGGAAGGCUGAGCACGGGGAUUUCCUCGCUUGCUUGUUUUGUAGGCGGGGGAGUUGUUUGUCACUAUCGCAAGCAGGCGUUGAGAGGCUGCAGAUCGAGUCGCGGAAUGUCAAAAACUGUAACUAGGCUGCUUUUUUUUGAUAAAUAGUUUGCCAAAGCGUCGCGUGUCCAGCUGUAUCGCAGCGCUUCUUUGCUGGUUUGUCAACUCAUGCGCUUCUCGCUGUUCAAACCUGCUGCUUCAUCACCUCGUUGUGAAAAGGAGCAGGAGCAAGCCGAGGCAGCGGUAUAGCGAGAUCAGACCGACCAGCAGUACAAGUGGACGCGGCUCUUGUGGCAUGACUACCACAAACAAGGGAAACAAGGCCUUGAAGGUGAAGCGGGAGCCAGGAGAAAAUGGCACCAGCCUGACCGAUGACGAGCUGGUGACCAUGUCUGUGCGGGAGCUGAACCAGCAUCUACGGGGCCUCACGAAGGAGGAGAUCCUUCAGCUGAAGCAGCGGCGACGUACCCUGAAGAACCGGGGCUACGCCGCCAGCUGCCGGGUGAAGCGUGUCACCCAGAAAGAGGAGCUGGAGAAGCAAAAGGCUCAGCUGCAGCAGGAAGUGGACAAGCUGGCCACAGAGAAUGCCAGUAUGAAGGUGGAGCUGGAUGCUUUGCGUUCAAAGUACGAGGCCCUCCAGAGCUUUGCCAGGACUGUAGCCCGCAACCCCGUCACCUCUGCCAGGGGACCUAUGGCGUCUGUCAUAGGGCCCCUCAUCCCUGGUAAAGUAGCUGCCACCAGCGUCAUCACCAUCGUCAAAUCCAAAACGGAGGCUAGGUCGUAGUAGCAGAAAAGGGCAGAAUGAAGUUUUUCAAGACUAGUCAGUGCAUUGUAACAUGGCGCAGGAUUACCUGUGGAAGUUCUCAGUUUUAACCCCCGAUCACAAACACUAACAAUAUGCUUCCCAAAAUCACUCUCAAAGUAUGACUCAGCAGUCUGUGCCUGUCAACAGACAAAUUGUGCUUUAGGGUGACACAAUCAAAUUGUGCGAUGUAGGAGAUCACAGUUGGUUUUUGAAGAACAUUGGCAAUACUGAAACAUUUCAUUUAAUACUGGGUACAAGUGACAAAUUCAGACUGUUAAUAGGUUGCUGAUUUUUUGAUAAGGUAUACAAUGUGAUGUGUCUGUUUCUUUAAGAGUGAGCUCUUAAGUUUUUUUCCGUCCUACGAAUUGGCAUUUGUGAAGUCUCACAACUUAUCACAACCAGUAAAAUAAUAAAUUACAGACUCGCCCAUUCCACAACACAAUCACUAUUACCCCCUUUGCUUGUUAUUAUGCACUGACUGAAAUUGGGAUGGAUAACAAAUGGUCACAAACUCUUGGUGUGGAUGCUACAGAUGUCUUCAAAACAGCCUGACUAACCCAAAACUAGAAAAUGAGUCAAAUUUGUGAUUUCUGUUGGUCGUCUGUCAGGAAUAUAAGCAUGAAAGAAUGCUGCCGAAUCUAGCAUUUAUUUCUGUUUAUGUGUCGGUGACAGGCUUUAAUGAACUUGUCAUUAUCAACAUGACUGGUAGAUGCAAUAAUAUAUGUAUGCACUGAAAAUACAAAGAGGUCUUGCAUAUUUAUGGUUUAAGUGGAAGCGUUAAAAGUGAUCAGCAGCUCUUGAAUGAAACAAUGAUAUUGUUCCGGAGCUGAGUGCCAUUCCAAUAUGACAAGAUUCUUCUAAGAUAUCUGAAAACCUGAAUGUUAUAACAGUAAUAUCCUCGUGUUUUGUGGGGACAGUGAAAUCCACAAGCAUUUUGAAACAUCAUUUUUUGCUCAUAGAGAAAAAAUAUGUUCAAGUCGUUUUGUUUAAAAAAUAUAUAUUACAUUUUUUUGUAAUUACUUGUUGACAGGGCCGUCAGAUAUUUCCAAAAGAAAAAUCUUUACACAAGCUUUACUGUUUGAAUUGUUAAGGUGUAGAAAACUUUGUCUAAUGUUGAGUUCUUGGUUUUUAUUACUAGGUAGAUUACCUUCCAUUGUUUAUAGAAAUACAGAUGAAGAAAACAAACAAACAAACAAAAAAAAUCCUGUGACAUCUUUUUUGCAAUUGUACCGAAAGUGGCUUACUAUUGAAGUCUGAUAGCUUUUUUCUAGUGACUAGGCGCGUACUGUGGGGUAGCGCGUGAUGUGACGUGUAAGUGACAAGUUGGCAGUGUCGUUCACUGUAUAGAUGUCAAUGCUGUGCUAUUUAAAACAAAUCUGUAGAGCUAAACUAGGUGGUGUAAACAAGGUCAAUUGUCUUUGUGCGUAUUGGCAUCUGUGAUAUCCUCCGCUUCCUUGGUGUUAGUUACAAAUCAUAUUGUCAUUGAGAGUUUACCACGUUGAGCCAUGGAAAGACAGAAUUGGGCGAAGUGGCGUUAGUGAACAUUAACUCAAAAGACUUUUUAACCUGAAGCUUCUUAAAGUGACACUGUCAUUGCAGAAUCCAAGUAAUGGUUGCCUGGUGCUGGAUGCCCUUUGAAUACAUCCUCUGUAACCUGAAAGUAACUGACGACCUUGUUGGGAAGAUUUCAUUAUUGUAUUCGUUCCAGCUAUUUAAUUGGUCUGAAUUAGAUCGCAGGAAUAGAUAGGAAUAACCCUUUCGACAGACUAAAUGUGAAUUUAACAGAACAAUUUUACAGAUUACCUGUGAUCAUCACUUCUACAUAAACAAUAAUAUUGCAUCAAUGAACUUAAAAAGGCAACCGCCAAAUGGUGCAGCAUCACUCACCCACUGGUCUUCAGAUUUUCAGAUUAAAAGCGGUAGGGUUUCGGCUGAGGUUUUGUAUGCACUAAGCUCCUGCUUGUUUUGCUCAGGACAAAACAGGUCACUCUAAAAAAUGAACAAACCAUUCUAGGUAAGAAGAGGGGGAGGCAGGGGAUGGCAGCUCUAUUCGUUUUUUUUCUUUUCUCUCUUCAAAGUUUUUUUUAUUUUAUUUUUAUAAUAAGCAUGUCAUAAAGGGCUUCAAUCCACACUCAGAAAGAGACACAGCACCACCACGUAGAAUUACAAUCAACAGCAGCUGCCAGCAGCGCUCCUUCAGUGCCAAGUGUCGCAUAACACUCCUGGGCCUCUAAAAGGAAUUUUAACAGUGAAGGAGUUAUACACCUCAAGGUGAAAGUAGUUGCGUAAAGACAUUAUCAGAAUGCACUUCAUCCAGAUCUCACUCUCCUGCUGGUCAGAAUGUCUUCUAGUGUCCACAGUCAAGUCUCAAAAUGACGCCUCAGCAAAACUCCAUGCCGGAGUCCUGGGUGCUGGUUAUACUGUCCUCUCCUCACUUUGUCAACACGCUUCGCUAUCUACAUUGACUGGUUAACUGUGGGAAAAAUAUAUAUCUUGACUCUUGACAUAGCCCAGUAUUGAUGUUGGCGUCCUUAUUGCUGUGGCAGUCUUGUGGAGUGAAUCUUUUUUCGUGUCAAGUGUCUUUUUAAAAAGGUGUUCGAGUGGCACCGUCGACCAAUCUCUCAAUCUCCGCUAGAGAUGACGAGUCUCUUUCUCACACAUUACAGGUGUAUAAUAUGUAGCUACAGUAGGUAUUAAUGACCAUUGUGAAAAAGUGACCCUUAAUAUGCAACUCAGUGGAAAGGUGUGAAAGAGUAGAUGUAAGAGUAAUCAAUAUUGUCAAAGUGACUAUAGUCUGUUAUUGACUCAUUCUUCUUGCUGUUUUGUAGUUUUAAUUUUUUUUUUUAAAUGUGUUUUUUUUUGCCCUCAGAUUUUGAAAUCCCUAAAUGGAAAAGCAAUUGGCCCUUGUUUAUACGAGCUAACAUGUUAAAACUGUAACGGUGUACAGUGUUUUAAAAGGAAUCGUGGGACAGUUGCACUCAAGCCUUACUUACUAAUUACUCUGGUCUUAAAUUAGCUGAAUUACCUGAUCCAUAAUUUGGGUUUUGGAUAUCUGACUGAAAGAUAUUGCUAUUAUAUAAAUGUUUGUUGAGUGAAAUGGAUGCUACAAUAGAUUCUGUCACAAGGGCCACUUGCAAUAUUUAGUUUUCUUUGGUAUGCCUGUUUGUGCGCGCGUGCGUGUUUUGUACGUUUGAGGUUCCUCUGCUGCUACACCAGUCAUUAAUGCUCGUUGUUUGCUGUCGCAUCAUCCACAGCAUUUCUGUUCUCAUCAUGUGUUGGGUGUGUAUUUGAAAUUGAUCUUAACACUGUAAUUUGUUCUGCAGAUUUAAUUUUUAAUUGGUUAUGGCUUUUUUUAUUUUUCUUUCUUUCUUUGUAUGUUUUUUAGAGAGGGUACAUAACAGCACUUGUGUGGCAGUUGAAUUUGAUAGCUCUCAAGAAGUUGGCUUUUUUCAUGAAAUUAUGCUUUGUAAACAAGUUGACAGUGCAGGUUUUUUCCUCUGUGUUUCAAAGGUAUAAAAAUCUGACUAAAGCAAAGUAAUACAAAGUAAAUAAUCUGUUUUUGUUAUUUUUCUGUAUGGGUUGUAAUAAAAUAUUGCAGUACUUUGUAUGGAAAACAGACAAUAGUUAAUUGUAACUAUUUAUAAAUUAAAUUAUUGUACUUUUUGCAAUCUGUAGAUAAGUACUAUGUAUUCAUAUAUACAGUAACAACUGUGGAUUUAAACGUGAUUCUCUGAGGUGUCUAAGUUAUUGAUGUAUAUAUUGUAUGUUUGUUGAUACAGCUUACUUUAUUUUCUAUAAGACCAAUAAAAAUGUUUGGAAAAGGA